CUCCGAGUAAUUUAUGGCGGGAAAAUUUGUGCGGGAAAUAUUUUCUACUUCUUUGGGAAACAAUUGUUGAUUUUUCUCAAUGCCGAAACAGAUCGACACAUCACGAUAUGCCCACAAUGAGGGUCACACUGAUAUAUGUUUUGACGAAAUUGGGAGCAAAGUUCUGACUUGCGGUGCUGAUGGCGACGUACGAAUCUGGGAGAAUAUAGACGACGAUGAUGCUGUAUCACAUAGAGUUGGCGAGAAGGCCUAUUGUAUCACUUGCAAGGAUGGCAAAUACUACACUGCUGUGGACAGCAAUACAAUCACAGCUCACACAGUGGCAGAUGGUAGCCCAGAUGGUAUUGUGACACGCUUCACUGCCCCUGCCAAUCAUAUGGUACUUAGCGAAGAUGGAACACAAAUGUUGGCUGGAGCUAGCGAUUUCCACAUCAAACUGGUAAAAAUUGGUACAAGUCAACAGAAGACCUUUACUGGCCAUGAGGCUCCUAUACUUAGUGUUGCACUGGACCCUAAAGGGGAGUACGCUGCAUCAUCAAGUUGUGACGGCACUGUGAAGAUAUGGCAGAUUUCUGACACAACAUGCGUAAAAACAUUCUCUCUUCUACCAAAGUGCAAUGAUGUGAGCUUAUCUAAGACAUUGUGCAGACUUUGCUGGUCUCCUAAAACUGGAAAGUAUCUUGUGGUGCCAGGUGACAAAGAAGUUUUAGUGUAUGAGAGAGAUACCUGGGAAAUGGCAUUCAAAAUAGUGGACAAAUCAAUAUUACAGCUGGUAAAUGUUGUAGAGUUCAGUCCCAAUGGCCAAUACCUAGCAGUAGCAUGUGUAGACGGCUCUCUCUCUAUAUGGGACUUUGCAUUCAGAGAUUGUCUCAACAGAAUGCAGCAUGAAAACAAGCACACUAUAUGCUCCCUGGCGUGGAACCCACGUUCAACCAACCAGAUUAUGUUCUGUGAUAAUCAUGGUCAAAUGGGAGUUGUGGAGAAUGCAAUAGAAAGUGAAGAAAAAACCAAUGAUGAAGCUGUAGCAUCUAAUGAUUAUGACAGUCUGUUUGCCGCUGAUGACGAUGACCUUCUGCUUUCUGCAACUGCCCCAAUCAGCAAGAAGAACAUCAUUGACAGCGAGGAUGAUGACAGUGAAUCCGUUGAUCUCGCUAAACUAAAGAAGAAACAUUCGGCAGCAUUUGGUAUAAUGGAUGAAGAUUCAAGAGAUACAGAUGCACAGUCUGGUUUGAACAUCAAAGAGACAGAGGCACCAGUGUACCGCCCAGCUGUACCUGAGGGACCCAAACUGACCCCCUUGCAGCGCCCCUUCCAGUCUGGAUCGUCUCCACUGCACCUCUCUGAGAGAUACAUGGUUUGGAAUAAUACAGGGAUUGUACGACAAUACAACACAGAGGAUGAAAACUCAAUAGAUAUCGAGUUCCACGACACCGCAACACACCAUGCCAUGCACAUGGGCAAUACAGCAGGCCACACUAUGGCUGACAUGUCAGCUGAGGCUGUUAUACUUGCAUGUGAGGCUGACCCAGAAGAGAAAACUAAUAGCAAACUUGUAUGUAUGCAUUUUGGAACAUGGGACAAUGCUAAAGAAUGGACAGUCUUAAUGCCUGAUAAGGAGAAUAUACAAGCCAUCACAAUAGGAGAUAAUUGGGUUGCUGUGGCAACGAGCCUACGCAAUAUCCGGCUGUUUACCUUGGGAGGUGUACAGCGGGAAAUCUUCACUAUCCCAGGAGCUGUAGUAACCAUGGCAGCACAUAGCAACCAGCUUGUUGUCGCCUACCAUACUGGACAAGGGGCCCCGGGUGACCAGUGUCUGAGCUACAUACAUCUACAUAUCAGUGGAACUAGAACUGUAAAAGAUGGACGACUGCCACUUAGCCCCAAGGCUACCUUAACAUGGCUUGGGUUUUCCCAUGAAGGUACCCCAUUUGCUGCAGAUUCUUCUGGAGUAAUACGUAUCUUAAACAGGAAGUUCGGGGACACUUGGACCCAAGUGGUUAACACAAAAUCGCAUGCUAAAGGCAAGUCAGAUAGCUUCUGGAUCACAGGAAUCACCGAGAGUCCCCAACAGUUGCGCUGUAUCCUCUGCAAGGGCACCACAUAUCCACCAACGCUACCUCGCCCCACCGUCAUGUUACUACCAUUCAAACUGCCUGUUUGUGAGGUCCAGUCUGAACGAGGGCAAGCUGAGGAAAACUACUGGAGGUCUCAAGUAUUUAGCGGCCACUUUGACUACUGGGUAUCACAGAACUUAUACUUUGAAGAGCCAGAGAGAGACCAAGCCAAGAUGGCAGAAAAGGAGGCACUUAUGAAACUAUUUGCUUUGUCCUGCAAAGCUGACAGAGAAUUCAGAGCUCUAGAAAUUUGCGAACUAAUGCCUGAUCAAAAAACAUUGCAACUUGCGAUAAAAUAUGCAGCCAAAUCGCGGCAUUUACAAUUAGCUCAGAGAAUCGGGGAAGUUGCUCAACGGAAACAGGAAGAGGAAGAAGCUGCAGCACAAAGCAUGAUGGGAAAUAUAGAAGAAGAUACCCAAGAUUUUAGAAGUGUUAUCAAUGCCAGUAAUAGUCAGCAGGGAACCCAGAAUACGUGGAGCAGUAAUACAGCACCAUCCACUGCUGAUGAUGUCAUAGUCGAUGAUAAUGAAACAAUGGAAGAAGAAGAAAUGGAUGAGGAAGAUGCAGACAACGCUAAACAAAGUACAUUUGUUACUCUGAAAAACAAGAAAGUUGAACCUCCAUCAAAUGCUACCCCAUCACACGGAUUCGACUCACAGACUAGAAAAAAUCCUUUCAAAAUUGGUACCCCUAAGUCUGCAAGCCAACCAACAUCAGUGCGGGGUACUAGUGUGUUUGAUGCCAUGAAGAAGGUCAGUCCAGCUGCAAAGAAAGCCAGCCCAAUCAUUCAGCCUAAGAAGAUAAUUAAGAAAAAAGGUGCACAGGGAAAAAUAUUUCAAAUGAAGAAAGCGAAGAAUGAUGAAACUGAAAAUAAAAACACUGAUUCCCCUGUUGCUGAAAAACCAGUAUCAGCAUUCCAGCUGUGGUUAGAUGCCAAUAAGCAGACAUUAGAGGAGGAAAAUCCAGACUAUUCAGGGGAGGAUGAUCUCACUAAACUGGCUACUCAGGAAUGGAGGAAACUCAGCAAGGAACAACGUCAGGAAUGGCAGGAAAAGGCUAGAGGACCCAAUCCUGGUACUCCAUCUACACCUAACGAUACAGACAAAAAGCGGAAGAGAGACGAUGAAAAUCUUGAUGCAUCCCCACUCUCCAGCAAAGUUAAAGACACUGAUAUUGAACAAAAUGACUCUAAGAAAAAGAAACCAUUGUCACAAUCUACCAACUCUAAACUUGCUGGUUUCGCUUUCGGGAAAUCAUAGUUUUAAAAAUUAUAUUUUUGUAUACUCUUAUAUAUUGACCUUUGUAUGUAAAUAUGGCAUUAUCAUGAGGACAUUGUUUUAACUUAUGUACACUGCAUCAUCUCCUAUCAGAAAAGUUUGCCAAAGUAUAUAUUUAUAAUGGAACCCAUGCUGUGUUAACGUGACUAAGGAGAAUAUGUCGCAGAAAAGGAUAGUCUAUGGAACAUCUUGAAUUUAGUGGAGACCUCAAGAGGUGAUGGACCUGAAUGCAGGGGUUUCAUUAGCAACAGGCAA